AUGUCCUCGAGUGCGUCUUCAAGCAGUUCGGAACUUCCCGGAACACUCUUCAGCUCCGAGUCCUCGAGCUCGACGACGCGGUGCAGUUCCAGUGUAUCCACCUGUCUACCGAUUAGAGGAAAUGGCAAUGAAAGGCCCGAUUUUGCAAGUACGGCCCUCUGGGCUGUCAUCCUCGCCACUGUCCUCGCCACCAUUCUCCUGAGUGUCAUCUUGUGGUUGACAAAGCGGCGAGUCCGCCGAAGAAGUCGGGAGCAAAUCCGGGCCUUCCUCUGGGACAUGGUCCGAGGCGUGCAAAACGGAACAGUCGAAGAAGACGUGUUGCGGCGUAUCAUAUAUGGUGCAGAUCCAGAAGUCUUGGAACCGAAAACACCGGCAAUUCUCGAGACAUGGAUGUUCUCGAACCCAAUCUAUUCCACCAAUCUCACAAAGUUUCCCUCUGCGACGUCGUUUCGGACCACGUCAUCUGAUCGCGAAUGGAAAUGGAACGAGCUACAACCAGUUUCACUUACAAAGCCCUUUUCGCCAUCGGACCCGUUUGGUUUGCAUACACCAGACUAUGGGCCAAAGCCGGCUCUGCUGCAACUCCCAUGGAAGACUCACUCGAGAACAGAGCCCGAAACAUUGCGGGAGGAGGCAGAUGUCCCUCUGAGUCGUGUGGGUACGACUGCCAAACCCGCUGUCGCCGAGCGACAAGUGGAUGCGAUAUUUCUCAUCGCAAUGCCCCAACUCCGAACGCCAGGAUCCGGUUCACAAGCCAUUGUUUCCCUUCCUGUCACUCUUGCCUCUGCAUCCCCUACCUUUGAGGAAGACUUUUUGGACCCGAUCGUCCCCCCAAAACCCAAGCGUGCUCUCGCGAUUCAGCGUCAACCACGUCUUGAUCCGUUAAGUUCUAGCGGACGACAUAUCGAGGGACCUGGUAUCAGUUGGUUUGGAGAGACGACAAGGCCCGUGAGGUCUGUACCACUCCCUGGUGCAGCGGGUGCUACAUCGACCUAA